AUGGGGGACGAGAAAUCGGGGAUGAUGGGGGCGGUAAUGGGGAACAGCAGCAGAGAAAGAGAUCGAGAGCUUCUCAUACCGGUCGCUGACUCUGUUGACCACGAUGAUGACGCCUCCUCCUCCUCCAAGCCUUCCCCUUCCGCUUCCUCUUCUCACCUUCACUCUGGUCGCGAGACCUUUUACAAAGUUGUUAGGAGCUGGGCCUCAAAAAAGUUCAUGACUGGAUGUGUCAUCCUCUUCCCCAUAGCAAUCACUUUCUAUGUAACAUGGUGGUUUAUUCAUUUUGUUGAUGGGUUCUUCUCUCCGAUUUACGAGCAACUUGGAAUUGAGAUCUUCGGUCUAGGUUUUGUUACUUCCAUCACUUUCAUUUUCUUGGUUGGAGUGUUUAUGUCAUCAUGGUUGGGGGCAUCUGUGUUGAGCCUUGGAGAGUGGUUCAUCAAGCGUAUGCCAUUUGUUCGUCAUAUUUACAAUGCCUCCAAGCAGAUUAGUGCUGCCAUAUCUCCAGAUCAGAACACACAAGCUUUCAAGGAAGUGGCCAUUAUAAGGCAUCCACGUAUUGGGGAAUAUGCAUUUGGGUUCAUCACUUCAUUUGUCACCCUCCAGAAUUAUUCAGGAGAGGAAGAGCUUUGCUGCGUUUAUAUCCCAACAAAUCAUCUUUACAUAGGUGAUGUAUUCCUGGUGAACUCCAAUGACGUUAUUAGACCAAACUUGUCUGUACGGGAAGGAAUUGAAAUUGUUGUGUCUGGUGGUAUGUCAAUGCCCCAGAUACUUUCUACGUCGGAUCCGAGAAUUAUUCAAGUGGAUAGAAGUAGACCUGACAGAAGCUAA